AUGAUAUGCAUCUUGUUUUUGGCCUGGGUCGAGUAUCUAUUCCAGUCGAUAUCGCCGAGCCUGAUGCAGGCGGUCGCGGUCCUGACGGUCAUACUGCUCAACGUCUCCAUGACUCCACUGGCUUUCGGUCUGCGGUCGUUGUUCACGGAUCUCGUGGUUGCUCAAGAACAGAGCCGCGUCACCGCGUGGGCGAGCUACUCGACAUCCGUGUCUAACAUUCUCAGCCUGUGGGCAGGCAGUUUUGAUCUGCCCCAGGUACUCGGCGUGCCGUCCCUGACACAGUUCCAGGCUCUGAGUAUUCUCGCCUGUCUCAGCCUGGCGGCCACAGUUUCGAUUUGCCUGUGCACGGCGCGGGAACGCAAUCCCAACUUCGACGCGACUUUGGCGGAGCAUAGACGGCCGCUUGGAUUUGGGUCUGUUCUCCGCUCCAUCCGGCAGGCUUACCGCUGUACCCCGACGCGGAUCAAGCAGGUUUUUGCCGUACAGGUCUUUUCUUGGACAGCGUGGUUUCCUUUUCUGUUCUACAUGACCAGUUACGUGAACACAAGAUAUGCCCUCUCCCAGCUACAGUCUUUCCACGGUUGGACCGACGUGGCCACUCUUCUGAAAUCCCCAGCGACUCAAGUCGGCUCCACGGCGCUUUUGAUGUGGACGUUGGUGUCGUUUCUGUCGACCACGGUCCUGACCCGUCUCGUCCGCCAGCCUUGUACAACCACAGCACCCACGGAAGAUAUCGCAACGACAGACCCUGCAUUGUCCUCCAUGCACACGGUCUGGAUCUACAGCCACGUCCUCUUCGCGGCCUGCAUGUUGCUGACCCUGGUGGUCAAAUCGUGGCAAGGCACCGUGGUCCUGGUGUCUCUGGUUGGUUGCUCCUGGGCGGCGACGCAGUGGAUCCCGCACGCCAUUGUCGGUGCAGAAAUAUCGCCCAGGAGGAAGGACUACAGACUCUACGACGUGGACUCUGACUCUGACGCUGACGCUGACGAGGUCGAUGAGCUCCGCAAACACCGCGGCGCGAUUCUUGGCCUACACAAUCUCGCCAUCUCCACACCGCAGAUCGUCGCCGCGCUAGCCAGCAGUGGGAUCAUGCGGAUCAUGACCGACAUGGGAAGCGUCGAGCCGGCUGUCUGGACUCUGCGGGCGGCAUCCGUGCCGGCCAUGGUUGCGGCGACGCUGGCAUAUCGACUAGGGGAAUUCUAG